CUGAUUGGUUAUUUUUACGAGCUCCAGACAGUACCAAAAUAAAUUGUUUGUGACAUGAACUGUUCUGAUAUCGAAAUAAUAUAAACCGUUAAUUUUUGGACUGAGAAACGGAGUUAUGGUAUUUAGUUUGAGUAACGCGUCUGUCGUGUAGUAUAUCCACGAACAUGUUACUAGGAUAUUGUGGUUAAGAAUUGUGGAGAAUGAUGUGAAUAACAAAAGAUAAUACUCUUUGAACAGAACAACAGAUAUAUUGGGAACAUGUCGUCCUCGCCGGAACAUAUUUCGUUGAAGCAGCCGAUUAAACGAUUAGAUAUCCAAAUUAAUAAUUUUAAUGUUGCUAUACCGCAUCAUGUGGAUUUGUUAAAAAGACACAAGAUUAACAUUCAAAAUUAUCAAACAAAACAUGAUUGGGACAAAAUGCAUAAGGAACAUGUAAAUGUAUCCAGAAUAAUAAAACAGCUAAAGGAGUUGCUGUAUCAAAUGGACACUCUGAGAACUCAAGUUCUUGAUUCUGAUAUAAAUCAAUUUGACAAACUGACUGCCAAUGCUAGAACAAGCAUUUUAAAUGCAAUUAAAGAUUACUUAGAGAUGGAGUUGCAUUUGUCUGUGUCUCAGUCACAGUCACCCAAAAAGGAAGAUCAGGCCACAAGUCACCCACUUGACAAUAGAUAUAUGCAGUUGCAGGAAGAAGAACAAGACUUGCAACGUCAACAGGCAUGUCUGCAUGCCUGGAACAAUCUACAAGAAGAUGUUCAACAGCUACAGGAGCUUUUCAUUGAAUUCAAUAAGAUUGUGGAUGACCAAAGAGAAUUAGUGAAUGCAGCAGAAAACAAUAUUGAAGUAACAAGUGUAAAUGUAGAACAUGGUGAAAAAUUCCUUCAAAAAGCUGCAAGGUAUAAAGUUGCUGCUUAUCCCCUAACGGGAGCUUUAAUUGGGACUUGCAUCGGUGGGCCAAUUGGUUUAUUAGCAGGAUUGAAAGUUGGUGGGGUUGCAGCAAUAGGUUGUGGUAUUUUAGGAUUUACUGGAGCAUCUUUAUUAAAGAAAAAGGAAUUAGAAACGCAAAAAUUGAAAAGUAUGUCACAGCAAAGUUUGACAGAACCCAAAUCGAUACAAAAAUCAACAUCUCUGCCUGAAAAUUUAAUGGAAAGCAAGAAAGAUUUGUGACACAUACAGAAAUGUGAUGUUGAAGUAACGAAGAAGAAUACUACCUGUAAUAUUAUUUAAUGUCAAACGACCGAUAUUGAUAAAUUAACAUAUACUUUUACCGUUAAGGAAUAUCUUUCUUAAUAUUACAAAUAAAAUUAAAGAACAUCACAAAUUAUUCUUGUUAUAAGUACCCAUGUUAAAUUGUUUGAAUUAUACAUAUACAAAUGUUACGAGGCAAGAUAUACUAAGCCACUAUACAAAAGAUUGCGAAAUGUUCUUUCCAGGACCAUGCCUUACUUUUAAGAUCACUAAGGUCCUUGUUGGAUACUCUUUUAAAUCAUGGAGAACAUUAAAUCUUUUUAUCAUAAUUGUUCAGAGACAUUGGCAUAUAGUCAUGCACAUUAUUCAGAAACAAUUAUAUUAAUCAAUCGAACGUGAUAGAUCGAUUAAAACUAGGUUAUUGCAAAUGUUAUGUUUGACAAUUAUAUAGCGUUAGUUAUAUAUUUCUAUAUACUUACGCUAGUGCGAAAACGAUUUGUACUUCGCUUCUGUGCAGGGUUUGAUGUAAUGAAACACGCGCGUUACUUAAUAAAAUAGACUUUUGUAAGCUUCUUACGUGUUGACAGCCUAAUAUUACUUGUAAAUAAAGUUUACGAAUAAAACGAUUGACAUUACAAAUAGACACAAAAAGUUACUAAUAAACACUGCACUUCGUGCUGCACGUUUUGCAAAAAUUCUGGACCAACU